AUCGCAUGUACUGCUACCAGUCUCUCUCUUUCUCGGUUCUAUCGGUUCGCUGCAAUGGGGGCCGGUAAAUUUUUAAUAUUAUUGUGUCUGCUAACGGGGGGUUCACUAGCCCAAGAAUAUCGUUUAAAUAAAAAUAUCAUACCCGAUUUGUAUGACAUACACAUCAAACCUUAUCUGCGUUUGGAAGACGCUGACAAACAGUUUACAUUUGAUGGCGAAGUCAAUAUAACACUGCACGCAGUUGUAAACAAUUUCAAAGAGAUUACGCUGCACAAAGAUCUCAUUGACAUACUCGAUGUAAUAUUGUACGAUGCAAAUGGAAGGAUUGUGCAAAACAUAGAUAAUGAAUCUAUGGUUUAUGAUAACAAAACACAUAAACUUACGAUAAAAUUAUCUACGUCUUUGGUGUUGGAUAAAAGUUAUACUUUGUACUUUAAGUAUCAGGGACAGAUACGCAACGGCAAGGCGGGAUUUUAUAAAGCCAGCUAUGAUAAUGUGAAUUGGUAUGGCAUAACUCAAUUACAUAGAAUCGAUGCACGCACAGUAUUUCCUUGCUUUGAUGAACCCGAAUUUAAGUCCAAAUUUCGUAUGCAUAUAAGUAGACCCAAUGGAUACAAUUCAGUCUUCAAUACUCGUUUAGAGAAAUCUACAAACGAUGGCAACGAUCGUUCUAUUGACCAUUUCGAAGAAACUCCUUUAAUGUCCACAUAUUUGGUGGCAUUUUUGAUCAGUGAUUUUGAGUCUCAUGGCAAUGAGGAUUUGAAAAUCAUAAUGCAUUCGAAAUUUAAUAAUAAAACCAAUUUCGCCUAUGAGGUGGGUAUGAAAGCUUUGGCGACCUAUGAUAACUAUACACAGUUGCCCUAUAAGUCGCUAGGUAAUGCAAUCAUGCAAAAAGUCGGUUCCAAUCAUUUUCCCCACAGUGGUAUGGAGAACUGGGGUUUGGUUAUAUACAAAGAUUCAGCUUUGGCUCAUGAACCCGGUUAUACAGAUGGUUGGUCCAAUAAGCAAUACACCGUAGGUUUGGUGGCCCAUGAAACCGCUCAUAUGUGGUUUGGCAACAGUGUGACUCAUAAAUGGUGGAGCUAUUUUUGGUUAAAUGAAGGCUUGCCCAAUUAUUAUCAAUAUUUUCUGGGUCACGAAAUGUAUCCAGAAUAUGAACUAGAUAAACAAUUUCUUAUCAAUGAAAUUCAUUCGGUAUUUGAUAUUGAUGCUACUUAUAAUACUCAACCCAUGACUAGUCUGGAAGAAUCCAUUAAUACUCCUUUGGAAAUUGGUUCAAAAUUUAGCGAUAUUGCUUAUUCUAAAGGUGCAGCUGUUGUGCGCAUGAUUAGCAAUUUAAUGGGCAAAGAAAAUUUCGAUUUGGCCAUAAGAGAUUAUUUAAAGGAAAACCAUUUAAAGACCACUGUGCCCGAAGAUCUUUUCAAACAUUUCAAAAAUCAUUGGCCUUCUGGUCAUAUGGUGGACUUGGAUGAAUUUUUCAAAGAUUGGACUGAACAAGUGGGUUAUCCAAUGGUUAUGGUAUCGAUUAGCCCCAGUGGUCGUUUUUCAGUAAGACAACAACGAUUCUUGUUAGAUCCCAGUGAUGGUAGUAAUGCUUCCUUAAGAUAUACCAUACCUAUAACCUUCAACAAUGAUAGAAUGAAUGAUUUUACAAACCUAGUGCCCAAAUUCUAUUUAACUAAGGAUCAAGAUGAAAGAUUAUUCGGUAACGCUGCCCAUCACAAGUGGUUUAUAGUCAACACCCAACAAUCCAACUACUAUAGAGUUUUCUAUGACUUGGAUAUAUUGCGAGAAAUUUGUAAAGUUUUAAAGGAAAAUAAUCAUUCAGGUAUUCAUAUCAAUAAUAGAGCCAGCAUGGUCGAUGAUCUGUUUACUUAUGGUCGUAUUGGUCUUCGUGGAUACGAUGAAGUUUUGGAAUUCAUGGAAUAUUUGGCAACAGAAACAGAGUACUUACCCUGGCAGGCAGCUUUUAAGGGCCUGGAUACUGUGCAUCAACGUUUGACAUUGGCCCAACAAGACAAAUUUAGCGGUUACCUGUUUGAACUGCUCGACAAUGUGUACAAGAAGUUGAAGUUUGAAAACUCCAAUGAUACUGUCUUGGAUGUGUACAAUCGCAAUAAGGUUAUCAGCUGGCUUUGCAAAUAUCAUCAUGAGGAUUGUAAUAAUCAAGCCCAAAGUAUAUUCCGCUUACAUUUAUCAGCUAACACCAAGCCAACUCCUGACUUUAGGGAAACUUUAUAUUGUACGGCUGUACGCAAUGAUAACUCUACUAUUUAUGGCAGUUUAAAGGAAAUGUUUUUAAAACAAGAACUGGCUAGUGAAAAGGAAAAAAUCUUGCGUGCCCUGGGUUGUACAAGAUACUUUGUUCAAGCUCAAUAUGAAUUUUUAUUGACAAAUAAUGUUGCUGCAGAUUUAAAGGCAAUUGGUUUAAAGGGUUUAUAUAGCCAAACUUCUGAAAAUAUUAUAACAGUAUUUCAUUUAAUGAUUGAAAAUGUUGAGCAGUUAAAAGAAGCCUUACAAUCUUGGUCCAGUACUGCCAGCGUCAUAAGUGAUAUUGCCAAUUAUUUAACCACUCAGGAACAAUUGACCCUAUUAAAACAGUUUACCCAGGACAAAGGCCAUCUCUUCGGUACAUCCGUUACAAUUUUACAAAAUGCCAUUCAAACAGCCGAAAACAAUUUCAAAUGGUCUAAAACACAUUUGACAAAAUUGAUCAGUUAUCUUACUCUACGUAAUGUUGAAUAUCGUCUAACCAAGGAUAUUAUUCCCGAUUUAUAUGAUAUUCAUCUUAAACCUUAUCUCAAGCUGGAAGAUGAUGUCAAACAAUUUACAUUCGAUGGAGAAGUUAACAUUACGCUGCACGCUGUUAAGGGAAAUCUUUCAACGAUUACUUUGCACACAAAUUAUAUAGACAUUUUGGAAGCCUUACUGUAUGAUGCUGGUGGCAAGAUUGUGGAAAAUAUUAACAGUGGCAAUAUGCUUUUGGAAACCGUAACCAAUAAAUUGACUUUAUAUUUAACCUCUACUCUGGAGGUCAAUACAAAUUAUACUUUGUAUUUUAAGUACCAAGGAGAGAUCCGCAAUGGCACGGAAGGUGUUUUUAAAAUUACUUAUGAUAAUGUCAAUUGGUACGGCAUAACUCAGUUACAUAGAAUUGAUGCUCGCACAGCAUUUCCCUGUUUCGAUGAGCCUGCAUUUAAAGCAAUAUUCCGCAUGCACAUAAGUCGCCCCAAGGAAUAUAAUUCUGUAUUCAAUACCAGGCUAAUCAAAUCCACGAUUGAAGGAACCGAUCGUUUUGUGGAUCAUUUCGAAGAAACUCCUUUAAUGUCAACAUAUUUAGUGGCCUUUUUGAUCAGUAAUUAUGAGUCUCAUGGCAAUGAGGAUUUGAAGAUCAUUAUGCAUUCGAAAUUUAAUAAUAAAACCAAUUUUGCCUUUGAUGUGGGCUUAAAGGCUUUGGAAGGAUACGAUAACUUUACACAAUUGCCUUAUAAGUCUCUGGGCAAUGCGAUCAUGCAAAAAGUUGGUUCGCCAAAUUUCCCCCAUAGUGGCAUGGAAAACUGGGGUCUGGUUAUAUACAAGGAUUCCGUUUUGGCUCACGAACCCGGCUAUACAGACGGCUGGUCCGAUAAACAAUACACUGUAAGUUUGUUGGUACAUGAAACUGCUCAUAUGUGGUUUGGCAAUAGUGUUACUCACAAAUGGUGGAGCUAUUUUUGGUUAAAUGAAGGCUUUGCCCGUUACUAUCAAUAUUUUAUGGGUCAUGAGCUGUAUCCUGAAUAUGGAUUUGAUAAACAAUUCCUUGUGAAUCAAGUUCAAAUGAUAUUUGAUGUUGAUGCUAACAAUAGUUCUCAACCCCUAACAAGUCUAGAGGAAUCUAUAAAUUCUCCCUUGGAAAUUGGUGAGAAAUUUAGUAAUAUUGCUUAUGCUAAAGGAGCUUCCAUUUUGCGUAUGUUUGCCAAUUUAAUGGGUAAAGAAAAUUUCGAUGCAGCCAUUCAGGAAUAUUUAAAAGAAAACCACUUGAAGAGCACAGUACCCGAAGACUUAUUCAAACACUUGAAAAAGCAUUGGCCCUCUGGACAUAAUGUUAAUCUGGAUGAAUUAUUCAGAGAUUGGACUGAACAAGUUGGUUAUCCCAUGGUUAUGGUAUCGGCCAUUAAUGGUAGAUAUUCUAUAAAACAGCAAAGGUUUUUAAUGGAUCCCAAUGAUGGCAGUGAUGCUGCCAUUAGAUAUACCGUACCCAUCACAUUCACCCACGAUAAAAUGAGCGAUUUCUCAAAUCUUACACCCAAAUUCUAUUUGAGUAAAGCACAGCCGGAAAAGGUAUUUGGAAAUAUCAAUCCUCAUAGAUGGAUGAUGGUUAAUAUGCAACAGUCAAACUAUUAUAGAGUUUUCUAUGAUGAUCAUUUGUUAGAGAGACUGCGUAUCGCUUUUAGAGAGAACAAUUACUCACGUAUACAUGUAAAUAAUAGAGCCAGUAUGGUCGAUGAUCUUCUUACAUUUGCUCGUGCUGGUCUUAGGGGCUACGAUGAGGUUUUGAAUUUCUUGGAAUAUUUAGCUAAUGAAACGGAAUAUUUACCCUGGCAAGCAGCCUUUAAGGGUUUUGAUACUUUGUACCAACGUUUGACAUUGGCUCAACAUGAUAAAUUUGGUGACUAUCUAUUUGUAAUCCUUGACAAAGUAUACACAAAGUUGGGCUUUGAAAACCAUAAUGAUACUGUUCUAGAUGUGUACAAUCGCAAUAAAGUUAUCAGCUGGCUUUGCAAAUAUCAUCAUGAGGAUUGUAAUAAUCAAGCCCAAAGUAUAUUCCAUUCACAUUUGUCUGCAAAUACCAAGCCAACUCCCGACUUCCGGGAAACUUUAUAUUGUAGUGCUGUACGCAAUGAUAACUCUACUAUUUAUGGAAGUUUGAAGGAAAUGUUCUUAAAACAAGAAUUGUCUAGUGAAAAGGAAAAGAUCUUGCGUGCCCUGGGUUGUAGCAGUUAUCAUGUAGACAACCACUACUAUUUUGUAUUGUCUAAUAAUGUGUCUGUGGACUUGAAAACAAUUGGAUUGAAAAGUUUAUACUCACAGACCCCAGGAAAUAUUAUGACAGUGUUUAAAUUAAUGACAGAAAAUAUUGAGCAGUUACAAGAAGCUUUGCAAAGCUGGUCCACCACUGCCAACGUAAUCGCUGAAAUUUCUAACUAUUUAAGCACACAAGAACAGCUAAUUAUGUUAAAACAAUUUACCCUUGCCAAAGGUUCUCUAUUUGGAACAUCUGUUAGUAUUUUAGAAAAUGCCAUUAAAACCUCUGAAGGCAAUUUGAAAUGGUCUAGUGCUCAUUUGGACAAAUUUGUCGGUUAUCUAAGUGAUAAGAAACCUGUUUACCGUUUAUCUAAAGAUGUCAUACCAGAUCUAUAUGAUAUUUACAUCAAACCCUAUUUUCAACAAGAAGAUGCUGCUAAACAAUUUACCUUUGAAGGUGAAGUCAAUAUAACCCUGCAUGCUGUGGAAAGAAAUAUUAGAAAGAUAACAGUGCACAAAGACUAUAUCGAUAUUUUGGAAACCCAACUAUACGAUGUCAAUGGAAAUCUUGUAGAAAAAAUACAAAAUGAAAAUAUAUUGUACGAAGACAUUACUGAUAAGCUAACAGUUUAUUUGUCCCAGUGUUUGAAGGAGAAUGAAAAUUAUACUUUAUACUUUAAAUAUCAAGGUCAGAUACGUAGCGGAUUAGCUGGAGUUUUCAGAGCCACUUAUGAUAAUGUCAAUUGGUAUGUUCUAACCCAAUUUCAAAGAAUUGAUGCUCGCACAGCAUUCCCCUGCUUUGAUGAACCCGAAUUUAAAGCGAAAUUCCGCAUGCGCAUAAGUCGUCCCAUAGAAUAUAGAGCUUUCUUCAAUACCAGAGUUAUUGGAUUAGUUAAUGAUGGAAACGGCCGUUACACUGAUUAUUUCGAAGAGACUCCACUCAUGUCAACAUAUUUGGUGGCAUUUUUAAUUAGUGAUUUUGAUUACUUCGGUUCCAAGGACUUUAAAAUUAUAAUGCAUCCGAAAUUAAUUGGUAAAAUCAGUUUUGCCUUCAGGGUGGGUGAAAUAACCUUACAUGCCUAUAAAACAUACACCCAAAUCCCUUAUAAGUCCCUAGGCAACUCGAUAAUGCAAAUGGCUGGUUCUACACGUUUCCCGCACAAUGGCAUGGAGAAUUGGGGCUUACUAAUAUACCAUGAUACUGUUUUGGCUCAAGAACCCGGCUACACAGAUGGUUGGUCGGAUAAACAAUACACCAUAACUAUUUUGGCACAUGAAAUUUCCCACAUGUGGUUCGGCAAUAGUGUGACAUUUAAAUGGUGGAACUAUUUCUGGUUAAAUGAAGCCUUUGCCCGCUACUAUGAGUAUUUUAUGGCCCAUGAGAUGUAUCCCGAAUAUGAAUUAGAUAAACAAUUUACUGUCAAACAAGUUCAACUUAUAUUUGAUAAAGAUGCAACAAAUGAUACCCAGCCCUUGACUAGUUUGGAAGAGACGAUAAAUACACCUGCAGAAAUAGGUUAUAAAUUCAGUGGUAUUACUUAUGCCAAGGGAGCUGCCGUUGUGCGCAUGUUUGCCAAUUUAAUGGGUAAAGAGAAUUUCGAUCAAGCCAUCAGAGAGUAUUUAAAGGAAAACCACUUAAAGAACACUGUGCCCGAGGAUUUAUUCAAAUCUUUGAAAAACCAUUGGCCCAAAGAUCAUAAGGUAGACUUGGAUGAACUAUUCACAGAUUGGACAGAGCAAGUGGGUUAUCCCGUGGUCACGGUAUCCACCAGUCCUAGUGGUAGAUUUACUUUAACACAAAAACGAUUUUUAUUGGAUCCCAAUGAUGGCAGUGAUGCCUCCUUAAGAUACACCAUACCAAUCACUUUCAACAACGAUAUGAGAACUAAUUACACUGAUUUUACACCCAAAUUCUACUUCAAUAAAACACUUGAGGAAGUGUCAUUUGGUAAUACGGCCCAUCAUGAUUGGGUCAUCAUGAAUACACAGCAAUCCAACUAUUUUAGAGUUUUCUACGAACCUAACCUUCAAAAACAAUUGCGCAUAGCUUUCGAACAAGAUAAACAUUCGGGCAUACAUGUCAGCAAUCGAGCCAGUGUGAUUGAUGAUCUGUUUACAUUUGGUCUGGUCGGUCUUAAAGGUUAUGAUGAAGUUUUCGAAUUUAUGGAAUAUUUGGCUACAGAAACUGAAUACACAGCCUGGUAUGCUGCUUUCAAGGGUAUUAAUACUGUGUAUGUACGCUUGACUUUGGAACAACACCAAGAAUUUGGCAUAUUCUUAUACGAAAUGCUCGACAAGGUUUAUAAGAAGCUGGGCUUUGAAAAUUCCCAUGACACUAUUUUGGAUGUCUAUAAUCGCAACAAAGUUAUCAGUUGGCUUUGUAGAUAUCAUCAUGAGGAUUGUAAUACUCAGGCCAAACAUAUAUUCCACUCCCACUUGUCCGCUAAUACCAAACCAUCACCCGAUUUCCGCGAGGCUCUAUACUGUGCUGCUUGUCGCAAUGACAGGGAUGCUAUAUAUGGCAAUUUGCGGGAAAUGUUUGAGAAAGAACAGUUAGUCAGUGAAAAGGAAAAAAUCUUGCGGGCCAUGGGUUGUACACGUUACAAUGUAGAGACACACUAUGCAUUUAUAUUGUCAAAUACAGUGCCCCUAGACCUAAAGGCUACAGGUUUAAACAGUUUAUACAGCCAAACACCAGAAAAUAUAAUGACAGUAUUCAAGUUGAUGACCGAAAAUGUUGAGGAAUUAGCAAAAGCUUUGCAAAGCUGGUCCACCACAGCUUCUGUUAUCAGCGGUAUCUCCAACUAUUUGACCACCCCGGAACAAUUAAAUAUGCUGGAACAAUUUACCAAAGAAAAAGGUCAUCUCUUUGGCACUUCUGUUAUAACAUUAGAAAAUUCCAUUAGCUCAACAGAAGUUAAUCUUAAAUGGGCUGGCGCAAAUUUGGAUAAACUAUUCAAUUAUCUCAAACAACGCCACAACAGUGCAGCCACUAUGAGUGCAGCCUUAUUUUUAAUACCCCUCUCGUUGAUAACAUUACAAAUGUUUAUGUAAAUUAAACCAAAAAAAAAAUUUAAAACGAACUCAAUUGAAACUGCUGCAAUUAUGCAAAGUAAUGUAAUUAAAAUGAAACUGUAUUGUAACGAAGUGCCAUAGAAAUAUUUCGUAUAACGUAAUGUAAUUAUUAUUUAAAUGAAAAUGUAUUGUAAAUUUUUUUAAAAAAAAGUGCCAUAUUUUUAAAGAAAUAAAUAUAUUAAGGGUUUAAUUUGUAGGGAUAAAAUAUAUAAAAAUAAAAAAAUUAACUAGAAAUAUUCAAAAAUAAACUUAAUAAA